AUGCGGGGCACAUGUCGUAGUUUGCAGUUUGCAGUACGUACCAAGUACCCGGAUACCCGAUCCGGAUACAUCUCGGGAGGAUUUGAGGGCCCAGCCAAGCCGGCACGGGCCAAGACCCCAAGCAGAGAAGGGGGCCAAGCAGCAGCCAAGGAGCCAAGACCCGAAGCAGCCAAGUCGCCAAGCAGGCACGGGCCAAGACCCCCAGCAGAGAAGGGGCCAAGCAGCAGCCACGGUCAGGACCCGAAGCAGCCAAGUGGCCAAGCAGGCACGGGGCCAAGACCCCAACCAGAGAGAAGGGGCCAAGCAGGCACGGGGCCAAGACCCCAACCAGCCAAGUGGACGGCCAUGACCCCAAGCAGCCACAGCCCCAAGACCCCAAGAUAA